CAGUGACGUGUUAGUGAUGAGAGGUGAACCGACGAAUAGAACUAGAAGGAGCAGUAUCAAAAAAAGUUUUCUUCAUAACUGACAUUGAUUUGUAUUAGUUUCGCGUCUGCAGUCUUUUUUCUACGUAUAAAUACGUCUGUGUAAUUCAUCUUCAAGAUGGAAGCAGCUGUGCGUGACAGCAUGACCGAGUUCUGGAAGAAGCAUUCCCAGGAGGCCACGGUGGAGGAGAUGAUGCUGGACUCCAACGCCCAGGAGCUGACGGAGCACGAGCUGCCCGAGAUCCUCUCCCUCCUGCCCAGCAUCGCGGACAAGGACGUCCUGGAGCUGGGGGCCGGCAUUGGGAGAUACACGUGUCAUCUGAUUGGCAAGGCCCAUCACGUGACCGCCGUUGACUUCAUGGAGAAGUUUGUGGAAAAAAACAGGGAAACCAAUCAGCACCUCGGCAACGCUGACUUUCUCCAGGCCGACGUCACAAAGCUAAACUUUCCCCCAAAAAGUUUCGACCUGAUUUUCUCCAACUGGUUGAUGAUGUACCUGAGUGACGAGGAGCUGUCUGGCCUGGUGGAGAAGAUGCUGAGUUGGCUGCGGCCUGGAGGACACCUCUUCUUCAGGGAGUCCUGCUUCCACCAAUCAGGGGACUGCAAAAGAGAUUUCAACCCCACGCACUACCGCACACCGGCGCACUACAAUCACCUGAUGACAUCAGCACAGUUGAAGGAUGACAAAAAGGCCUAUGGCUUCGACAUUGUCCUGACGAAAACAGUGCAGACCUACAUCAAGAUGAAGAACAACAAGAACCAGGUGUGCUGGCUGCUGGAGAAGGCUGAGCGGGCCGACGCAGAGCAGCAGCACCAGGGCGGCUUCGCCACCUUCCAGGAGUUCCUGGACAACCAGCAGUACACGCGGCGCGGCAUCCUCAGAUACGAGAAGAUGUUUGGGGCCGGCUACGUCAGCACGGGGGGACCCAGCACCACAAAGGAGUUUGUUGACCUGUUGAACCUCAAACCUGGACAAAAAGUUGUUGAUGUCGGCUGCGGCAUAGGAGGAGGAGAUUUCUAUAUGGCAAAGAACUUUGGUGUGGAGGUGUUGGGAAUGGAUCUGUCAGCCAACAUGGUGGAGAUUGCUUGCGAGAGAGCAGCCAAGGAGCAAUUACCACAGGUGCAGUUUGAGGUGGCCGACGCCACAAAGCGUGUUUUCCCUGAGGGCACGUUUGAUGUGGUCUACAGCCGAGACACCAUUUUGCACAUCAGUGACAAAUUGGAACUCUUCAAGCACUUCUAUUCAUGGCUGAAGCCUGGGGGGAAAGUGCUGAUCAGUGACUACUGCUGUGGAGAGAAGCCCUGGAGUCCCCAGUUUGAGGACUACGUCAAGCAGAGAGGCUACAUCCUCUACACACCACAGAGAUACGGACAGUUCCUGGAGGAGGCAGGCUUCACCAGUGUGCGCGCCGAGGACCGCACGCAACAGUUUAUUCAGGUCAUCAAGAGCGAGCUGGAGAAGGCUGACGCCAUCAGGGAGGAGUUUAUACAGGAAUUCUCUCAAGAAGACUAUGACGCCAUCGUUAACGGCUGGACAGAAAAGCUCCAGCGCUGUGAGAUGGGCAACCAGCGUUGGGGACUGUUCUAUGCCACUAAGAAGUGACAGACACAUCCACUUUCCUGAAAGAAUGAAUGGAUGAUAGUGAGAGUGAAUAUGGUGAAGAAAAUAAAAAAGUGAGCAGGGGAGAAAGAUAAGAGAAGUGAAUCAGUUGUACGGUGUGUCUGCAUAUGUGCAGAUGUAUGUGUAUCUUUCCGUCUGUAACUGAGUGAGAGAAAGUGUGUGUGUGUGUGUGUGUGUGUGUGUGUGUGUGUGUGUGUGUGUGUGUGUGUGUGUGUGUGUGUGUGUGUGUGUGUGUGUGUGUGUGUGUGUGUGUGUGUGUGUGUGUUUGCAUGUGUAAGUGAGAGUGCCUUUUUGACUCUACAGGGAUCAUGAAUCCUUUUGUUUUGCUUGAGGCUCACUGGCUUAAUGAAAGUAGACCAAUGCUUUUGUUUUUACAGUCUGUGAUUGCACUGCAAAGGCCAAUUAGCUUUCUUUUGAUUUGACCAAAUGACUGUGAUGUGAUGAUUUUAUUAAAAUGUACACUUUUGAACUUA